GUCGGGCCGAGCAGAUCCUGCAGCACAUGGUGGAGUGCAUCCGCGAGGUCAACGAGGUCAUCCAGAAUCCAGCAACUAUCACUCGGAUACUGCUCAGCCAUUUCAACUGGGAUAAGGAGAAGCUGAUGGAGAGGUACUUCGAUGGUAACUUGGAGAAGCUCUUUGCAGAGUGUCACGUAAUUAAUCCAAGUAAAAAGUCACGAACGCGCCAGAUGAACACCAGGUCAUCAGCCCAGGACAUGUCCUGUCAGAUCUGCUACCUGAACUACCCAAACUCGUACUUCACUGGCCUAGAGUGUGGACAUAAGUUCUGUAUGCAGUGCUGGAGUGAAUAUUUAACUACCAAAAUAAUGGAGGAAGGCAUGGGACAGACCAUUUCAUGCCCUGCCCAUGGCUGUGAUAUCUUAGUGGACGACAACACAGUUAUGCGUCUGAUCACAGAUUCCAAGGUGAAAUUAAAGUACCAGCAUUUAAUAACCAAUAGUUUUGUAGAGUGUAAUCGACUGUUAAAGUGGUGUCCUGCCCCCGACUGCCACCACGUCGUUAAAGUCCAGUACCCGGAUGCUAAACCCGUGCGCUGCAAAUGUGGCCGUCAGUUCUGCUUUAACUGCGGUGAAAACUGGCAUGAUCCUGUUAAAUGCAAGUGGUUAAAGAAAUGGAUUAAGAAGUGUGAUGAUGACAGUGAAACCUCCAAUUGGAUUGCAGCCAACACAAAGGAAUGCCCGAAAUGCCAUGUCACCAUCGAGAAGGACGGGGGCUGCAACCACAUGGUCUGUCGGAACCAGAACUGCAAGGCGGAGUUCUGCUGGGUGUGUCUGGGCCCCUGGGAGCCCCACGGAUCUGCCUGGUACAACUGUAAUCGCUACAAUGAGGAUGAUGCAAAGGCAGCAAGGGAUGCACAGGAGCGAUCCCGAGCAGCCCUGCAGAGGUACCUGUUCUACUGCAACCGCUACAUGAACCACAUGCAGAGCCUGCGCUUCGAGCACAAGCUCUACGCUCAGGUGAAGCAGAAGAUGGAGGAGAUGCAGCAGCACAACAUGUCGUGGAUCGAGGUGCAGUUCCUGAAGAAAGCAGUCGACGUCCUCUGCCAGUGUCGUGCCACACUCAUGUACACUUACGUCUUUGCCUUCUACCUCAAAAAGAAUAAUCAGUCCAUUAUCUUUGAGAAUAACCAAGCAGACUUAGAGAAUGCUACAGAGGUGCUUUCUGGGUACCUGGAGCGAGAUAUAUCCCAAGAUUCGCUGCAAGACAUAAAGCAGAAAGUACAGGAUAAGUACAGAUACUGCGAGAGCCGGCGGAAGGUUUUGUUGCAGCACGUGCAUGAAGGCUACGAGAAGGACCUGUGGGAGUACAUCGAGGACUGAGCCCGGCCCUGCAGCAAUGAACUCUGAACCCUUUCCCAUCCUAGAGUGCUCAUGCAAUUCCAAUAAAACCCACCCAGGGCGCUGCUCCGCCUCUUACACCGCUGGUCUGUAGUACCGGGAUUCUGUUUUGUUAACAGAAAAAUUAAGUAAAUUAUAUUGUAAU